GUGGAGGACGUGUGAGCUUUAGCUAUUUGAUAAGCUAACUACUUGGGACGAGUGAGACCUGACUGCACAGUAUGGCAAAAGUUGUUGUCAGUCACGUUGUAAUCAGAAAUGUGGGGGCAAUCCCUGGAGGAUUGUGGACGACUGUGGGGGUGCGUUCACCAUGGGCGCCAUUGGCGGUGGAAUAUUCCAAGCAGUGAAAGGCUUCAGGAACGCACCUUCGGGAAUGAGUCACAGAAUGAAAGGCAGCAUGACUGCCAUCAAGACCAGAGCGCCACAGCUUGGAGGCAGCUUCGCGGUGUGGGGCGGCCUCUUCUCCAUGAUCGACUGCGGCCUGGUGAAGGUGCGCGGGAAGGAGGACCCCUGGAACUCCAUCACCAGCGGCGCCAUGACAGGAGCCAUCCUCGCCGCCAGAAACGGGCCAGUGGCCAUGGUGGGCUCUGCAGCCAUGGGGGGCAUCCUGCUGGCCUUGAUAGAGGGCGCCGGGAUCAUGCUGUCUAGAUUUGCUUCGUCACAAUUGCCCACAGGUCCUCAGUUUCCGGAGGAGCCAGCCCCCGCCUCCAUGCCCGCCGCCCCCUUUGGAGACUACCGACAAUAUCAGUGAGAGGAUCGGUCUCCUCUCACACCUUCUUAGGCCUUUUUUUUUUUUUUUUUUUUAAUUUCUCGCUGGAGUUACAGUUGAAAUGGAGAUGCCACACACAUGCACACGUAACCAUAGAAACGACUACACCCCCCUGCGCUUACCACAUGAUGAACUGAGACUGGACAGUGACGUCUUCAUUUUCAUGCAGAAUACACGUGGCGUUGUUUUCUUGAGUGCAGCAGAACCUCCAAAAGGAUACACAAAGACAAACACAUCCCUCUUUUGGGCCUUUUUUUUUUUUUUUAAACAUACGCUAUCAACAAAUGACAAGUGAUAUGAUAUUUGUCCCUUUUUAAAGAUCGAUUGUGGCCACUCACCCUCUGUGGUAAAUUUUGUGAAUUGUAUUGCUCAUGUUGUUUUGAGCAGCUGUGCGUGGGGGAAUGGAAAGCCCAGAAAAUACACAAACAUCGCAAGCUUUUGGUGCCAAGCUUUAUCCAAAAAUUACAAUUGGAGUGAAAAUAACGCAUUCAAAUAAUAAGGGACAUAAUUUGCGUAUGUAAUGAAGUGAGCGGCGAGGCAUGCCUAUGUCACGGAAAGCUCCAUUUCUGGUUUUAUCGCUACUUUUGAGGUACAUUUUUCCACAAAAUGUCGGUCAAAGUCGACGUUCGUAAUUGGAGGUUGCGCUGUAAUGUGAUUUCUGUUAUUUUAGGUGUUAUUUUGUCAUAUGUAUCUGUAGCCCAGUCGCUGCAGGGUAAGGCCUGGUGAUCUGGUUGAGUUGUCGAAUGGCGCGAAAAACCACACUAAGUGUGGUUAAUUUAUGAUAUUACUUUAGUGUAUUGUAUAUACAUUUACAGAGUCCCCAUUGUGUUUGCUCAUUUGCCUUAAAUUGAACAAGUCCUUAAACUUGCUGUGGGCCUGUUGUUGGAUAAAAUACGACUAUUCCAGUUGGUUUCGUAGGGAUGUAUUUAUUUUUACAAUGUAAACAGUCAAUAAGGUGUUUUAUGCAGAGGAUCUUUUUGGCAUUCAAAACACAAAGAUCUUUUGGAGGAAGGCAAAAUCGCAAAAGGUGCUGCGAUUGAAUGGAGGAACUCAUCCAGGGGGUCGUUACAUCAUGUAUUCAAUCUAUAUGAGAGAGUGUAUUAUAAGACAAUAAACUGAAAUGUUUUAA